GUUUGAAACUUUAUUUGUGCAAUUGCACAAUUCAAGCUAUUUAAAAAAAACUCUUAACCAUAGCAAUUUCUCCCCCUUCCAUCUGUUUACAAUCAGCUGUUAAGAAACUGCCUCUGCUGACUACCUGCUGAACAUUGCUGAAUUAAAGCUUGUAAACAGAAAAAAAUAAACAUAAAAAUUUAAUUUUUCUUUUCUUCAAUUUCAAACUUUAAAUUAAAUUUAAGAAGGUAAUUAGUAAUUAAAAAUGACAUCAGCGCUAUACCUUGAGCAUUAUCUUGAUGGACUUGAGAGUCUGCCGACAGAAUUAAAACGAAAUUUUACAUUAAUGAGAGAAUUGGACACAAGAGCGCAAAAUUUAAUGAAACAAAUUGAUGAGGAAGCUUCAGACUUAAUGAAAAACACAAUUAGCGCAAAGGAAAAUUUUUCUGAAGAGGAGAAAAAAUUAAAAUUGAAGCACAUCCAGGAGCUAUUUGGUAGAGCAAAAGAAUACGGUGACGACAAAGUUCAAUUAGCAAUUCAAACUUAUGAAUUAGUUGAUAAGCAUAUUAGAAGAUUAGAUUCAGAUCUGGCGAGGUUUGAGGGUGAAAUUCAAGAUAAGACAAAUACUACAAGGGACAAAUCUGAGGAUGGAAAUGUAGGAAAGAAAGGACGAAAGAAAACGAAAGAUGCGAAAGUCACUGGUAAAAAGAAACGAUCAUUGUCAGAUGAAGAAGAAAAGAUUGAGGAAAAGACCACAAGUACAGCACAACAUAAGAGUAAUAAAAAGCAAAAGGUAACUCAAGAAAAAGAGGGACGUAAGGCUCAAAAGCAAAAGAAUGUUGAAGUUGAGGAAGCACCAGCCGAAGGUCAUUUUACUCCUCAUCCAUCAGAUGUUCUUGACAUGCCAGUGGAUCCAAACGAACCAACUUACUGCUUGUGCCAUCAAGUUUCGUAUGGUGAAAUGAUUGGAUGUGACAAUUCAGACUGCCCGAUUGAAUGGUUCCACUUUGCUUGCGUUGGGUUGACGACGAAACCAAAAGGCAAAUGGUACUGUCCAAAAUGUCAAAUUAAUCGAAAGAAAAAAUAAAAUGAUUUAAUUUUUAAGAGUAAAUA